UUCACUAGGGUACGUAGGCCUGCCCCUCCCACAAAACUUUGCAUUUUUAGAAAAAAAAAAGCUUAAUUCUUGACAUGCUAUUUCCUCAUGGGGACCAAAAAAUGUCCCCACAAGGACAAUAUUUAUUGGUAUUACAUCUUUGUGGGGACAUUUAGUCCUCUUAAUGUAGGGACAGACAUGCACAUCUUUCUUGACUAGUGUAGGCCUACCAUGUAAUAUUGUAUAUAUUCAAAUGAUAGAACGGAAUGGUUGACACGCGCAUGUCACCAGCCUCAUUAUGACACCAUACACGUUACGUUCUUCUUGUUCUUUUUACUUUUUAAAUGCCGUGUUUGCUUGGAGAAGACAGAUCAGAAGUUUCAAGCAAUUUUAACUGUACAUUUUUGCUGUUUACAAUCUGGUCACAAGAUGCUUCGCUCCAGACUCUCAAAUUUACCAUUUGUGGAUGGAGCGGACGACAUGUAUACGACAACCAACAAAAGCCACUUUAAAUUAGCGGACACCACCGUCGUACCGAAACGAGAUGUUAUCCUUCAGCCUGUCUCACCAGACUUCCAGCACAGAGACCAGAAUUACCUCGUUGGGAACCUGCACCAGACAGAGACAGCGCUGUCCUUCCCGCUGCGUACACCAGCGGCUAUAACACAGCCAAAACUAACCCACCUCACGAUGCAGAGAACCAACUUUAAACUGCAUUCAGACGACAGCUGUGGAGACUUCGAGACCACUCAGUCUGAGCUAAAGCCCCUGCCGAUGUGUGCGGCCAAAAUCAUUCAUCCCCUAAAUGCAGUCAUGACAAGCCUGCCUGAGGGCAAAUAUCCUGAGCCCACUUAUAGGGCUUCCUACAUCAAACAUAAAGUGUCCCGGACCCUCAGAGCAAAGCAGGCGGCAAAAACAGGUCAGUACUGUACACACACACUGUCUAUUGGGAUUUUGAGUUUAUAUAAGAUGCGUUAUUCGUAUCAAUCAGGUGUCGGAUCAAGUCUAAUCAUGGACAGAAGGGACAGAUACCGUUCCAGUUAUCAUGAGCAGUUCCAGUACAGAUGGUCUCCUCGUCCUCCUCAGUCCACAGAGAAGCAACAAAUUCAGUGUUCAUCAGUGGCGAUGGGAGAUCAUGAAAAGACAAUGGACAAACUAACAACGUAUUCUACCUCAUUCAGACAAUCGGCUGGGCACAGCUCUGCUGAAUUCAAAGAAUGUCUGCUUCCUAUGAUAAAUAAAUCUCUGGCCAUCAACCUUCGGGAAUGUCCUGACCAGAAAUGGACAACAGCUUUAUUUGAAGACUUUCAUGCAUACAAAGGAGGCUCUAUUCAUCUAGAGCACAGAUGCCCGACUCUCAGCUCUGUGUUCAAAGGAAAGAUACUGAUGGGCAACAAGGAGAGACCGUCAACAACAAACCAGUGCUCUUUCCCAAAGAUAAAGCGCUCACAGUUCUCAGUGCAUGUGGAUGGAGCUGGUAUCAGGACUUUGAGCAAUGUUAAAUUCGGGAGACCUGAUCUAGACGGCACAACAGCACAGGAGCAGUUCCCAUCAAAAGAGGCGGUCCAUCCCAAGCCUCCGAUCUACCCACCUCGCAAUGUGUGGUGUGAGCAAGAACCAGAUCGGAUGCUUGCAACCAUGCAAAAAGAUUUUGUCCCUCUGAACUCUAGAAGACAGAAAAUAAGCCCUAGCCAGUUUCAUCAGGUUAAAGACAGCCAUAUCAGGCCCUGGCACAGCGAACAUGACUUCAGGACAACCCACAACAAAGCGCUUGUUCCCAAACCCUACUGCAAGGCAUCCCUGGAAAAGCCACUUCUUCAACACAUCAGUCAUAUGUCGUUUUGAGUUGAAAAUGUCCAAAUCACGAAAAAAGUCUCUACUCUAAACAAAUGUCAUUUUCUGGCUAAAAGCCUUCUUUAGCGUAUUGUUCAUGCAUAUUCAACUCAACUCCAAAAUCCAACUCAACUCUAGCAUACAAUAACAACACACAGGAACAAUGACUAUUAUGAUGGAUUUGAUAUUGUUGAUAACGUUUAAUGACAAACACCUCAUAUGCAUGAACUAGCUUAAAAAGGACACGUACAUUUGUUUAGAGUGCAGACCUUUUUUGUUUUUGACUAUUAAAAAGCAUGCAUGUUUCAAUUCAUUGUGUAUAUGUGUGUCCUGCAAAUUCAUGUUAUGUUGGAAGUGCAGAAUUCGGCACAAAACGUCAUUACCUCCAUAAAGUGUAAAAAGUUCUUAUCAGCAUAAAAGAGGCUUUGAGGCAUGUUAUGACAACAGAGCACAUCUUGCGUACAGAUCAAAAGUGUGUGUGGGGAACUUCAAGGUUAAAUGGCGAUCUGGAGCUCACGGUGGUAAUGACUACAAGGAGUGUGUCAGAAGGCGACUAACUCACUGAUUUCACACAACACUUACAGGCAUUUAGACCAACGCAUGUGCAAAAUAUCAUAGGACAGUGCCAGAGGUUUACAGUUAAACGUGCUGCUGUCUGCCAGAGAAGAGCUUCCAUGCAGGUCUGUGUUUGUGUGGGAGAGUGGCAUGAUCCUGUGCCUGCACCGUAUUUAACCAGAGCCUGUGUGUCAUCAGACCAUCUGUCGAGGGACUGGUCCCGCCUCUAACUCGGAUCUUGCUUUCUCACACUCAAAACAAACACAACAUCUAAGUUGCAACCUUGAACUUCAGCUGUUUGAUGUUUAUACAUACACAAGUUCAAUAUUUCAUUUUAGUGAAAUUUAGAUAGGGUUUUUGCUAUGAUUUGUCUCAUGUUACAUUUUACUGCAUUUGCAAGGUCACAGAAUUAGGAAUAGUGUUAUUAUCAUGCCGUAAAUGUGUAUAGUGGGGUCCAAAAUUGUGAUAACGUUUUCAAAUGUUUUUUACUUUGCAUGUUUCUAGUAAAAAAAAAAAAAAAAUUAUAUAUAUAUAUAUAUAUUUAUUUUCUUUUCCACUUUAUUCCAGCAUAAAUACGACAGACAACAGAAAAUGUUAAAUUACAUACAGCAAGAAAAAUGUAUCUCAGAUUAACAAAAGUA